CACGUAGGUUCACGUUCUGUCCAUGUACGGUAUUUUCCUUGACAGACAGAAGAAAACUGAAAAGAAUAAAUCAGGUACUACAACCUUCUAAAGGGGCCGAAACACCAUUGCAACCAAAUAUGGAAUUAUGUCAUACAGACAAUCACUGUAUUAAAAUUUCAAAUAUUAAGAAUGGAGAAACAUUGUGUUACUCACUGCCACUCAUUAAAGGUCGAAUUUUAACUAGGAAUGGAAAUAAGUGCUUUAAUUGCUCAACAGGCAAAAUCAUGCUUCAUCACUAUAAUGACAGUGGUUCUUUAAUGACAACAACAGAAUGGCAUGUUGCUAACUCUGAAUUUAAAUGUUUAGUAAGUCUCCUCUUGGGGAGAAAUAUUUUAGUCUUCAAAUACUGCAUCAGCCAGUUGAAGAUGAAGCUAGAAUACCAGCCAAGAAGGACAGUGCUUCGGGUAACACCUGUAUACAUUAUUUGUCAGGAGCAUGAUGGACUGUUUCAGGCUCCAACAAAUGUAGAUAAUACAGUCCCAAGUGCAUGUGAACGCAUUGCUCUGGGAGCGCGUCUCAUUCAAUCCCUUACUGCUGAGAAACUUUACGAAUCCAAAGUGGGACGAAAAACUUUCCAGCUGGAGUAUGACUUAAACAAAUCAGGCCCUGAAUGCAUAGUCUUUCAUAGUCAUCUUCCAGUGGAAGAAGCUCGAAAAAUGGAUCCUACAGAAUUAUGGAAACAUUUUGGUUGUGAACUGAUGAUUUCACCUCUUGGUAACAAGGAUCGUAAAUUUCUUGCCUUACUCUCAUGCACACUUUACCAUCUUCCAAAAAAUAAAGAGUCACCAAAGACCCAUGAAGAUACCUUGUCUGCAGUGGAAGCUCAUGUUGCCCUUGGUGGUGGAGGACUUGCUUUGUUUGGUUCUGCUUGCCUUCACACUUGGCCACGUCAUGUGGAUGAAAUAAUACCGAGAUUCCUCGACAUAACCAGAGUGGAUACAAGAUAUUUCAUGGAUGACAGUGGUUACAGGGGAACAUAUGGUGGAUGUUUUGCUACUACCUUAGGUGCUGUUUGUCAUGAAUUGGGACAUACAUUUGAUUUGGGUCAUACGCCAGAUGGCAUCAUGGGACGUGGUUUUGAUAAUGUGGAUUUGGUAUUUACUGUUCAGUCCUGUGAAGAUAACGAAGGGAAUAACUACAAUAGAAAUCGAUAUAUUUCAAGUCCAGUUUGCAAAGAACUAGCACAGCAUUCUGCAGUAUCCUUUACAAAGGUCCUUAAUGUUUCAUAUACAGUGCCACCACGUCUAAAAAGGCCACAGAAUGAAGCUCAGGGAAAUAUUACAAAUAUCUCUGAAACUUCAGAGAUUAGUGACCUGUGUGAAUCAAUCCAAAACAGUGUACAAGUAAAUAAUGGUAAUGUCAAACAUCCAGAGAGGCUAAAUAAUCCUCAAACUCCAGCCAUGUUUAAAAUGGAAAGAGACUCUGCACAUUGGUCCAAAAACUGUGGAGCAUUCUUGAGUUUUCAUAGGUGGUUUAAUGAUGAAAAUGUGACACAGAAAGCAUCAGCAGCCAUAAGUUAUGAUGAAAACCAGAAUGUGGUAUCAUCUUCACUUGGUGUUCGGGUGGUAGAAGUACGGGAUGAGAAUGAAUUGGUUCUCUCAUCCUGGCAAUUCUUGGAAUCAGAUGGUGUUGAAGAAUUUGCAUUACCUCCAGAUGUUUUGUUAGAACGAUCACUUAUUCUGAUGGCAGAAGACUCAGCUGGGAACAUACUCAGAUAUAGUCUUUAAUAUUUUUUAUUUGUAGUUUAUAUGAAGUGACAGCUUUACUUACUUUCCCUUGGAGUAAAUUAUAAAUUAUAUUGUAUUCCAAAUGUUUAUUGGAUUCAUAAACAGAUAUAUCAUUAGAAGGUAUUACCUCAGAGGGGCAUGCGGUAGCAUGGUUGGUUGAGGCAUUAUGCUACAAGCUGGAAGGUUGCAUGUUCGAGUCUGAAUAAG